CCCACUAAUUUUGCAGUAAGAUGUGCGACUGCGACCAUUAAAAAAAAUUAAUUUUCACUAGUUACGAUGAGAUGGAGUAAUAAGUCAAAGACAUACACCAAUAGAUUAGAAUGGCUAAGAGAAAGGCUGAAGACGUUGUUGUUGUCAAGGAUACUAAGAAACCCAGUAAAGGGCCUGGAAAUGGAGGUAGAAAAGUUUCAGUAUGUAUUCCAUCGACUGUGAUAGGUAGUAAGAAUGCCUAUAAUCUCGAACAAAUCACUCAUAUAACUUAUCAAAUUGCUAAAGCAUGUACUAUUUAUGAUGUGGUUGAGAUUGUCGUAGUGGAUAUACCGAAAGUUAAUGAAGAUGAAACUUCUAAAGUUGUUCAAAUGAGUAGUAAUAAAGGAGGAAAGAAGUUAAAGUUUAAUUUUAAAGAUGAAGAAAUUGUGGGAUCUUCUAAAGUUGAAACUCAACAAGAUAAUGAAGAUUCUAAAGAUAAGGAUAAUGGGAAAGAUGAUAAUGAAGAAGGUUUGUUAUUGGCAGGACUUCUUCAAUUCUUUAUAACUCCACCUUAUCUUGUGAAGAGUCUUUUCUCAAAUCAGAAAACUGCAUCAAUACUAAACAAAUUCAAAUAUGCAUGGAAAUUACCAAAGAUUACUACAUUACCAUUUAUGUCAAACAAUAAUAUUUAUCGUGACUUUAAAGAGGGACUUACAAUUGCUAAAGAAACUCCUAAAAUCACUAAGAAAUCUAAACGAGUGAAAAAUCCUCAUAAAUUAACUGUUACUAAAUAUGUUAAUAUUGGAGAACUGAAACCAUUUGAAUUAACUAAUAUUAAACGAGAAAUCCCCGUCAAUUCAAGAGUUACAGUAGAUUUAAAGAAUAAAACUAUUGUAUCACCACUUCAAGCUUAUGGUAUUCAAGGUAAUAAAUCAUCUUUUGGAUAUUAUGUAAGAUAUGUUAAGAAAUUUAAUCACUUAUUCACUGAGAGUUCAAAUGCUGAAGGUUAUAGUCAAAGUAUUUUUGUUCAUUGUGAUGAUUAUUUUAGUAAUGGGGUUAAAUUUGAGAGUCUCAAUAAAGUUCCUGCACUUUCCGAAUCCGAUAAUGAAGGUAACGUAUUAAUUGUCGUGGGAAAUUAUAAAGAUUAUGAAACAAGUUUCUUAAACGAUAAGGAAAACUUAGAAGGUGUUGAUAAUGUGGGACAAAUGUUUGAUGGUAGAUUACAAAUUCCUGAUGGUAUUAAGAUUGAAGAUGGUAUUUUAAUUGCCUUAACUAAGUUGAAUCUCUAGUCAUACCCCACUUGUACUAUAUCUUUAAUAAAUGCAUAAAGACUUGGAGUAGAGUAGUCAAUUUGUCCUUUUUUAUUUGUAAGCUUAUAGGAAAGAAUCUUGUUUAACUGCUCUUCAAGUGAUUUCUUAACUACUAUAUAGAUUAUGGGCUAGUAGCGGAGUCUAUAAAAGGGAAUUUAAACUUGCUAUAGAAGAAUUAAAUAUAUUUUUUUGAUUUACAACUAUAAA